AUAGCGUUCUGGAUUCUUCUUUUGGUUUUAUCAUGUCGCGCAUUAUCUUCGGAGAUCAUUCUCCUCGUAUUCUAGAGACACGGGAAAAAACUCAAUACUUUGGCUUUCGGUACGGGGUUCUUAGCUCUUCAUGCAAAUGGAGGUGUAAUGGGGAAAUGGGAGCGGAAGGCCAUGCUGACCGAAUCAAAUCGCCAUGUACCGACAAAGUUUGGACAGGGUCAAAACAAAAAGCGCCGGUCCCUUGGGCGGAUUGUUACUUCCUCGGUACUUUAGCAAUUACCAUUACAUCGCCAAUGCAGGUUACGGACUCAUUUUUGUAA